AUGGGGCGACGCAAGCCUACAGCAGCGGCCAAGCACGCAGCAGCGGCCAAGCACGCAGCACUAUUCUCGGAUGAACGCGUAGUAGUGGGUGUGGAUGACCUGGUGCUGCUGCCUUCCGUGAGCGAGACGUCCAUCCUGGAGAGCCUCAAGAUGCGCCAUGCCGCUGACGUCAUCUACUCGUACAUUGGCCACGUCUUGGUGGUUGUAAACCCAUACAAGUGCCUCUUUACACAGGGGCUGGCAUCUCACAGUACCGGUACAAAGUCGCCUCGGUUGUCGCACCGAUUCCGCCUCGAUUUCCCCUCAGUCCAGGACUUCUCCCUUGAAGCAGUUGUAGCAACUUCACCUCGGCCGAUUAUGGGGCGACGCAAGCCUUCAGCAGCGGCCAAGCACGCAGCACUAUUCUCGGAUGAACGCGUAGUAGUGGGUGUGGAUGACCUGGUGCUGCUGCCUUCCGUGAGCGAGACGUCCAUCCUGGAGAACCUCAAGAUGCGCCACGCCGCUGACGUCAUCUACUCGUACAUUGGCCACGUCUUGGUGGUUGUAAACCCAUACAAGUGGUUGGAUAUCUACGGUGAGGACAAUAUGCACGCAUACAUGCAUAAAGCGCGCAUCGACGUGGCUCCGCACGUGUUCGCCACUGCCGAGGAGACAUAUCGCACCAUGUUGAGCGAAGAAGACAACCAGUGCGUCAUCAUUAGCGGAGAGAGUGGUGCGGGCAAGACCGAAGCCUCUAAACAGAUCCAGAACUACAUUGCAGGGGUCAGUGGCAGUGGUGCAGGCGUGGACAAGGUUAAACGCACAUUUCUAGAGAGCAACCCGCUGCUUGAAGCGUUUGGCAACGCCAAGACGCUGCGAAAUAACAAUUCUAGUCGCUUCGGAAAAUACUUUGAGCUGCUCUUCGACUCUGCUGGACGCCCACAAGGCGGAAAAGUGACAAAUUACCUAUUGGAGAAGUCCCGCGUCGUUAAGCCUGGUAAAGGAGAGCGAAACUUCCACAUUUUCUACCAGGUGCUCGCCGGGUUGCCUUCUGCAGCCAAGCAGAAACUCUAUUUGGAUCGAGGAGGACCCGACAGCUAUCACUACCUGAAGGCCAGUGGCUGCUAUGACGUCGACGACGUCAAUGACGCGCAGGAGUUCGAAGAAACCAUGGCCGCCAUGCAGCAUGUGGGCAUAAAACGUAAACAGAUCGAGCUGGUAAUCCAGACGUUGGCGGCGGUGCUGCACAUUGGCAAUACCCAGUUCCAGCCCGAGACUGUAGGAGAUGCAGAGGGUUCAUCUGUUCGCAAGCGCGAAAGUUUGCAGAUUGCGUGCGAGUUGCUGGGGCUGGAUGCUGCGAAAUUAGAGCACGCUUUGUGCUACAAAUUGCUGCAAACGAUGGCUCCUGGAGGCAAAAUUGAGUCGUACGAGGUGCCACAGAAUGUCAGUCAAGCGAAGGCUCAACGGGACUCGAUUGCGAAGACUGUUUACGACCGACUGUUUGACUUUCUGGUGGAACGCGUGAACCACGCACUGGAUAUCGAGAAGAAGGCUGAGAAACAUGGUGAAAUCUUGGAAAUAGACGAUAUGACCACGAUUGGUAUCUUGGAUAUCUACGGGUUUGAGAUUUUCGACAAGAACGGCUUCGAGCAGUUCUGUAUCAACUACGUGAACGAGAAACUGCAGCAGAUUUUCAUUGAGCUGACUCUUAAAAGCGAGCAGGAAGAGUAUGCGCGUGAAGGGAUUGAAUGGGCGCCGAUUCCGUUCUUUAACAACAAGGUUGUGUGCGACUUGAUCGAGGCACGUCGUCCUACGCCUGGCAUUUUCCUCAUUCUUGACGACACGGUCAAGACGAUGCAUUCCCGACAGUGGGAGAGCGUGGAUGCGAACUUUCUGGAUAAAGUGGCAGGUAUCCACGGCUCGCAUCCGCAUUUUUCCAAGCGUGGAAAGACUUUCGAGAUUAAACACUAUGCAGGCGACGUACAGUACAACAUCGACGGCUUCGGAGACUCCAACAAGGACUUUUUGAGUAAGGACAUCGCGCUCAUUAUUAGCGAGACGUCUAACAAACUCAUGCGCUACAUCUUCCCCGAAGAGAUCGACCUGAACGACAAGCGUAUGGCGCAUACAGCAGGAUAUAAGAUUCGAACUCAGUGUGAGGCUCUUGUGACCGCGUUGAUGGACUGCACGCCUCACUACGUGCGCUGCAUCAAGUCCAACGAUCAGAAACAGUCCAACAAGAUGGACGACCGUCGUGUAGUUCAUCAGAUUAAAUAUCUGGGUCUGCUUGAAAAUGUGAAGGUCCGUCGCGCUGGCUACGCGUAUCGUGGAGACUAUGGGCGCUUUGUGGAUCGUUUCCGUCUGCUCAGUAAGGAGACGUACCCGGAAUUCCGUGGCUCGGACAAGAAGGGCACUCAAGCAGUACUACGCGCUGCUGUGAAAUCACUGCCGCAACUAGAAACGGAAGUUCAGCUUGGAAAGACGAUGGUGUUUAUCCAGACACCUGAAACUUUCUUUGAGCUCGAGAAACUACGAGAGAAGAAGCUGGGAUCAUUUGCCAUGCGCAUCCAGAAGGUGUGGAAGAAAUACUUUGGUCGUCGGCAUUUUCUGCAACUGAGUCACGACAUCACGAAGCUUUACACGUCCAACAACAAGCAGAGGCAGCGUGUGAGUAUCUACCGGCCAUUUGAUGGGGAUUAUCUGCGCGACAGUACAAUUCGCGAAGCAGUUAUGGGGAUUAUUCAGCACUAUAGAGACUCCGAGAAGAUUGUCUUCAUGGAUGAGAUUGAAAAAGCCUGUCCGAUCGCUGGCGUGUCUCCUGACGGACCUCCAAUUGUGGUGGUAGGACGAAUUCUGAUUAUUACGGACCAGUAUUUGUAUUUGAUGGAGAAGCGCACGUGGCAACCUGUUGUGGACCCGAAGAGCACGUGGGUCCCCCCGUUGGUGUACAUGCGUCGUCGUCUACGAUUGACUGCGAUAGAAGAGAUCACGAUGAGUACAUUGGCAGACCCGUAUUUCGUGCUGAAGGUUCGUCCAGAACCGCUUCUUCCCGAGCCCAACAAGAGCAACUGGGCGGAGAACAAGUCUACGAUGGUUUGCAUGGCGACUGGCAAGAAGUUUGGGCUGUUCAAUCGUCGUCACCACUGUCGGUACACUGGCAAAAUCUACUGCAACGACGUGUGCAAGCAACUGGAAGUGGUGCCGGAUCUUGGAUUCUACACACCAGUGCGCGUGUACGAUAAAGUAAUUGGACUCAUGUCCACCGAGAUGCCUGAAGACCAGCUCCUGUUGUCCGAGAAGAAGACGGAAAUCGCUGUCACUCUUGUCGACGCCAUCCGCUCUUUGGCCAGCGUUGCGACGCCGAUCAGUUUCAGCGAUUCCGUUCGUUUGCGUCGGGCUGCAAGCGCAGGACUGUCAAAGACGCCACCCCAACAGAUUCAGUUCGUGUCUUCAGGUCACGACCGAAUCACUGGAGAUGCCAACAACGUGCAGAUUCAAGUAGCGCCGGGUGUGCCUGAUGAGUACAUUCGCAAGCGUCGAAAACGCGAGAAGGCUCGUCGUAAGAAGCUGGAAAGGCAGCGCGAGGAAGAGCUGGCUAUUCGAGCCCAACGUCAAGAGCAACGCGGCCGUGAACGUGAAGCGGAACGCCUGCGUCGUGUUGCCGAAAAGAAAGCCAAAAAGCAGGCGGAGAAAGAAGCUCGAAAGCAUGCGUUGACGUCAAAAAAGUCGGCCAAGGCUACAAUGGAGUCGGCUCGAAAGUUUGGCGAAAAUGUGCAGAGCUCGUCGUCGAACGGAGGAAUUGGAGGAGCCAACAGCGAGUUGGCUGCUAUUCUUGCGCGUCGUCGCGGAGCAUAA